GUUGGACUGGUUUGAUCAUGCAGUCCAAGGGACUCUCAAGAGUCUUCUCCAAUACCACAGUUCAAAAGCAUCAAUUCUGCGAGGGUCACGGACAAGAUGGCUCCGCCGGUGCAGGUCUCUCCGCUCAUCAAGCUUGGCCGUUACUCUGCCCUGUUCCUCGGCAUGGCCUACGGCGCCAAGCGCUACAGUUACCUGACACCCCGGGCAGAAGAAGAGAGGAGGCUCACAGCCGAGGCGAAGAAGCCGGAUGAGCAGAAGCGCAUCGAGCGGGAGCUGGCGGAAGCCCAAGAGGAUACCAUAUUGAAGUGAGCCUGCCCUUCUCCAGAGCAGUGUGGAUGAAUAAAGUUUUCUGUGCUCUGU